CUCUUUUAAAAAAUUCUACCCCUCCCUCUUUCGGCGGGGUUCUCGAACAUCUCCCCCGCCCCCACUCCCUCCGACUGGGCCACUCCCAGCAGAGUUUUAUUUUUCGGUCUUGCCCCGGCCGGGCCCGGCCGGGCGGGAGGCUCAGCCGGGCUCUCAAUCGGCGCUGCGCCGCCGCCGCCCAGCUGCGCUGGGGCGCCCUCCGGAGAUGCUGCCGUGGAGGAAGCACAAGUUCGAGCUGCUGGCCGAGGCGCCGCCACGGCAGGCGGCCAAACCCAAGGGCUACGCGGUGAGCCUGCACUACUCGGCGCUCAGCUCUCUGGCACGGGCGUGCCCCGAAGGCGCGCUCAGCCGGGUGGGCAGCAUGUUCCGCUCCAAGCGCAAGAAGCUGCACAUCACCAGCGAGGACCCAACUUACACCGUGCUCUACUUGGGCAAUGCCACCACCAUCCAGGCGCGCGGCGACGGCUGCACCGACCUAGCGGUGGGCAAGAUCUGGAGCAAGAGCGAGGCGGGCCGUCAGGGCACCAAGAUGAAGCUGACCGUGAGUGCGCAGGGUAUCCGCAUGGUGCACGCCGAGGAGCGUGCGCUGCGCCGCCCGGGCCACCUGUACCUGCUGCACCGCGUUACCUACUGCGUGGCGGACGCGCGACUGCCCAAGGUCUUCGCCUGGGUGUACCGGCACGAGCUCAAGCACAAGGCGGUAAUGCUGCGCUGCCACGCGGUGCUGGUGUCCAAGCCCGAGAAGGCGCAGGCCAUGGCCCUGCUGCUCUACCAGACGUCAGCCAACGCUCUGGCGGAAUUUAAACGGCUCAAGCGGCGGGACGACGCGCGUCACCAACAGCAGGAGCUGGUGGGCGCGCACACCAUCCCACUAGUGCCCCUGCGCAAGCUGCUCCUGCACGGACCCUGCUGCUACAAGCCGCCGGUGGAGCGCAGCCGCAGCGCGCCCAAGCUCGGCUCCAUCACCGAGGAUCUGCUUGGCGAACAGCAGGAGCAGGAGCUGCAGGAGGAAGAGAGAGGGGUGCACACGGAGGGCUGCCCGGAGGAGGAGGAGGGGGUUGAGGAGGAGGACCGAGCCGGGGAGGGAGACCCGGCAGAGCAAGAGGCCGAGGCGCAGCGGGCGCUGGUGGUGGCCAUGCAAUUCGAAUGCGGGGACUUGCUGGACACGCUGGAGAGUGGCCGCGAAGAGGCGCUGGGGGGCGGCGGGGUCUCGCCGGGCCCUGAGGCUGGGUCGCCGUCUCUGCUGCUGGGCAGCACCUCCGACAUGAAGGCCGAGCUGUCCCAGCUUAUUAAUGAUCUGGGAGAGCUCAGCUUCGGCAACGACGUGCGCAGCCUGCAGGCCGACUUGCGGGUGACGCGCCUGCUGUCGGGUGAGAGCACGGGUAGCGAGAGCUCCAUCGAAGGAGGGGGCCCGGAAGCUACCACUACCACCGCCGGGGACCAGUCCGACCCCGCCGACUCCGCCAGCCCAGACGAGCCCCACUCGGGCUGAGCUUCCAGCAACGUCCUGUGCGCGCCCCUGUUGCCGCAUCGUGACCCACCCCCCACCCCGUCUCUCCACCACUUCCUUACCUUCCCGACCCCCCCCCCCAAGAAAGGGGAAAGGGGACACUUGAGGCC